CGUAAAUACCUUGGAAAGCUUGAAAAUGGCGACGUUAGUGAUGAUAAAAUAUUGAGAGCUGUGGUUUUAGCUUCAAGAUAGCUCUCCAAAAAUGCCUUCUGAAAAAAUUCGCUCAAAGGAAGACACUUGGUCGACCAACGAGCUCAAAAAGGCCUUGAACAAAGAUGAGAUCAGAAAAGAAAGAGAAAGACUUAAGCGAGAAAGAAGAGAUGGAAAAGGGGAAGAUAUAAAUGAAUAUGAAGAAAAAGAAAGACGACACAGAAGGGAUGAUGAUGAUGAAAGACGUCGUCACAGAGGGGAUGAGGAUCGAAAGAAACACAGAGAUAGCAAGAGAGAAAAGACGGAGGAGGAAAGAGAAGCUGAGAGAAGAGAGAGAAGGGAAAGAAAAGAAGGGAAGAGCUCUUCCAAGACUGAUGAUAAACGUAAGGAUGAAGAUAAAAGACGUCAUAGAGAUGACGAUGAACGCAAGGAAAGACGACACCGAGAUCGAGACGAGGAAAGGCAUCGAGACAGAGACGACAGAGAUCGAGAUGAAGAGAGAGAAAGGAGAAGAAGAGAGAAGGAGGCAGAGAGAGAGAAACGUCAUAGAGACAAAGAUGAAAAGCAUCGUGAUAGGGAAGGAAAGAGUGAGGAUAGAAGAAGAAGGCAUAGAGAUGAGGAUGAUGAUGAUAAGCGAAGAAGACACAGAGAUGAGGAUGGUGAUGAUAAAAGAAGAAGACAUAAAGAGGAGGAUGGAGAUGACAGGAGGAGGAGGCAUAAAGAAGACGAUGGUGACGAUCGACGCAGGCGGCACAGGGAUGAAGAGGAUGAAGAUCGAAAGCGAAGACAUAGAAAAGAUGAGGAUGACAGAGAAAGAAGGAAAGACAGACACAAGGAAGAUGAGGAUGGCCACAAAAAGCGAAGGCAUCGACAGAAGGACGGUGAAGAGGAGAGAAGCACACUUGAUGAGGAUGAAAGGGAAAGACAGAGGCAAGAGAGAAGAGAGAAAAGGGAAUCAAAAGAAGGGGGUAAAAGUAGACACAGGGAUGAAGAUGAUGAAGAAAGAAGACGUAGGAAAGAGAAGGAAAGAGAAAAGGAAAAACAAAGGGAGAGAGAGAAAGAAAGAGAACGGGAAAAGAAAAAAACAGCCAAAACUAGCAGCAAACAUGCCAAAGAAGCGGAGGAGGAGAAUGGAUAUGAUGAAUAUGAAGACGAUUUUGAGGACUAUGAAGAUGAUUUCGAAGAUGAGGAAGAUGAAGCACCUGUUGCGAAAGGAAAGUUGUCAGACUUUGAGCUCCACAAGUCCCCACCUAAAGGCGGGCAUGGAUUGGACUAUUCUGACUCAGAGAUGGAUGAAGUGCUGAAGGCCCUGGAUCAAGAGAAUGAAAGACUGCAACAGGAUUCCAGACAACAACCGGAGUCACCAAGAGAUCAGAGGGAAUCCAGCUACAACCGCUACAACAACAACUAUGAUGACCAGGACUCAGACUCGGAACCUGCUAGACCAGUGACCAGGGGCCUCAUCAACUUCUCAGGGGCCAGACAGAGGGCAAUGAGUCGUAAGGCUCACAGUAAGACCACCAAGCGCGCCCACGACCUACUACAGAUGAUAGAGCUGGACGUCUCGUCCUAUGACCUGUUUGACCUCCCUCCAGUCAAGGAGUAUGACCUCUACAUCAGAAGCUUCGGGAGGACAGAUACCAAACAGGCGUACGUCCAGACCAACGAUGACAACAUAGACAGAGACAUACAGACAGACGAGAUAGAUCUCCGACAGAAGUGGACUCAGCAUCCUCCAGAGGACUUCACAGGAUGUGGAAGAGGAGAUGGUGAGAAGGACCUUGAUGAGGAGGAAUCAGCUCAACAGAACAAACAGCAAGAUCUGGGUCGCCUCAACUCUUUUAUACAGAAAGCAGGACAGGUGAUAUCCAUUUUGCUGGAUGAAGAGAAAGAUCAACAGAGACAGGAGAAGGCAGAUAACAGGACAAACCUGGCCCUGAGUGAGGGCUACUCCCAGCUCACCUGUCUCUCCAUACUCAAAGGGCGCAGUGUCCAGUUCGCUCAUUUUUCUCCCACCCAGCCAAACUACUUACUUACUAUAUACAACAAACCUGCUGAGGCAUCAGAGUCAAACCCUGUAGACAGGAAAGGUAUCAUCUGUGUUUGGAACACGAAUGAGCCAUCUUAUCCUCAAAGGAUCCUGGCCUGUGAAUCUCAACCUGUGUGCUGUUGCUUCAGUCCAUACAAGACCACUCUAGUCUUUGCGGGGAUGGUUGAUGGUUCUGUAUGUGCCUGGGAUCUCCGGGAACCCCCGGCUCUACACAAGUCUGUACAUUAUGAAAACUCGGACCAUUUAUUACGUUAUCCUACCUACAACACAGCUGGUAUUGUGGAGGUGGACAAUCAUCACAGCCCAAUCACCACCCUCACCCCGGUCGUGUCCUAUACUGACAGUGACUCAGCAGGUCAAGAUUCUCAUGAAGAUUCCUCUGGUGGACUUACAUUCCAGCUAGUAUCUUGUGAGGAGAUGGGCAUCCUCAAAUUCUGGGUUGUAGCUGAAAUCUCCAGUCCUGAUAUGGCGGGGUCAGAGGUUGACCUUGGACUGUCCCCAGGGGGAAGAAUCAAACUGGUGCUGAGUUCCUCAAUGAAGCUACGAAACCCUCUCAGAGAGAAAACAGAGACCACCAAAGAGAAGCAGGGUUACCUACGUACGUUUGAGUUACAGUUGUCCCCAGGGGAUUUAAAUCAUUACUACGUCGGGACUGAGAAGGGUUUUGUGUACCAUGGGCUGAGAUUUGGAUCCAAAGCAUAUCCCAGAAUGUUCACAGCCCUCAGUGAUGCUCCUGUGGACAUCCGGACGCUCGACUUCUCCCCGUUUUGUCAUCCUUGUUUUCUGGCAACCACAGGAGAUGGUGAUGUUCAUUUAUUCAGCACAAAAACAGACACGGCCCUUGUGUCCUGGCCCGCCCGUGUGUGGGGAACCACGGGGGUGAGGUGUGCUAAGUGGUCCCCAAGUCGCCCCUGUGUGUUCUACGUCCUCGACGACAACAGCCGGCUCUACACGUUUGAUCUGCUAGAGGGCGACUCCAUGCCUGCUAAGAUAGAAACUUUGUCUCCGGACGCCAAGGUAACCUGUUUAGCUUUCACAUCUGACGUUCGAACAGCGGGUCAAGGAGGCAGAAAUCCACAAAUGUUGAUCUGCAUGGAGUCUGGAGUGACACAGAUCCACACCAUAGCUAAAGAAUUCCGGGAACAACAGACACUGGAGGACGAAUUCCUUCCGUCAUAUCUAGCCAGGUUCUGAACAGUCUCCAUGACAACUGACCUCUCAAUCGUCUGUGAUAAUUAUAUUGUAAUUUAUUAGCUGGAAUCCUGUUCAUUUCUUUGUCUUUUUUUUUUAUUUUAAAAUUUAGUAAUAACUAGAAGAUUUUGAUUUACAUAUCAGGGCAGUGGACUCUGGCCCCUGUCCAUAGCUUCGUAACAGUUAAUUAUCAAUGUGGCAUGAUUAUGAAUUAUGUGUAAUCAAUCAGUAAUUUUAAACAGCCCACCCCUUUCCUGGGCAUGUGAUGAUCACUCUUAGAAAAAGCUAGAUUGUGAUCCAUAUAACAUAAUGAUUCAUCUAUGACAUGAUAUUGGUAGUUCUGAAGCGUUUUUAAGUACUUGACAAGGACUCAAACUUUGAAGCAUCAUUAAUUCAGCGAUAUGUACAUGGUAUAUGUUUAAAUUUGAUAAAGACAGUGUUUCAAUAGUUAAAUUUUGUUUGUCACGAGUCACCAUCCUGCCCCCCCCCCCCCCUUCAAAAAAUAGGAAAAAUUCCCUUUACAUUUUAGAUACAUUGCAAUGCCAAGUUGUUGAGUUUUUCCCAUUUGAUUUAGAGAAAUUCUGUUUAUUUUUAAUCUUUCAUAAGUUUUGAUAUGAAUGACUACGGUAUUUCUAUUUUAAAAAAUGGUCUCACAUUACCUUCUACUUCUGAUUUUCAGUAUCAAUGAGGUAUAACAUCUGUUGUGAUUGCUAACAGUUUUUGUACUGGUUUUCAAUAGUCUAAUGACAAAUCAGAAUUUUGCAGCCACUUAACUUUGAUCCUAAUGCUAUUCCUGUGCUAUGAUUCAGACGUUGAUUCUAUUCGUGUGUGUUGUCAUGAGUUACCUUUAGUUAGUUUAAACAAACUGCAAAACACACAAAGAAAAUGUCUGAUUGUUUACAGAAAUAUUAAAACAAAUUCAAUGUUGCCUAGUAUUGGAAACGAUUUUGGGUUCAUUUUUCUUCAUCAUUUUAAGUUUGUCAUUAAUCAUUUAAAAGUAAAUCAAUGGAUAUCCUGAUGCACUCAAAUUUCUUAUGUUGGGGUCUGGGUUAUUUCUCUCCUUUUUUUCCCUGUAAGAUGAAUUUGUACAUAAUUAUAUUUUUUCAUUGUUUUGUAAAUUGUUAUGUAUUUUUUGUGUGGAGUUUCAUGAAUGCAAAAAUGAAAAAUUAAUGAGAAAUCUAAGCUGUGCUUAGCGGGGGAUGGGGGGGGGUGUAAUUAUUUAUUUUAAUGCCCUAAUGUGAUAAAGUGGUAUUGUAUUUCGUUGUGUGUAUUUUGUGAAACCGUCCGGUUCAUUCCUGCACAAGCUGAAGUUGAUUAUUGUGUAGUACUAAAGGACCAAUAAACUUUUAUUGCUGGUUACAAAAUGAUUGUUACAAACAUUGUCUAAUAAAUUAUUUCUUAAAAGUGAGAACUACUUCAAUUUGUGUAUUAUGAAAUAUAAGAAAUAAUGAAUAUUUAAUUUAA